CGGAGCGUAAAAACGAAGUCCUGAAGUCUUUCACGUGCGCCUCAAAAUGAUCCUUCCGAGGAGCGGUAGAAGUGACGUCAUCUCCACGCGGCGACAGGAAGUAAACUCGUGUGCUGUAGUGUUGCGCGGGUCCCUGGCUCCUGGUCUGACAGCGCCGCGAUCUCGUGUCACAGUAAUGGAAAAUGCCUGUGAAUCGCCCACAGACAAAGGUGGAGAGGCUAGGGAGUCGGAUGAAUCGACCGCCGUUCCCUUGGGCUCCGGGGCCACCGACACAGACGUAAUCCGGGAGGAAGCUGACGGGGACGGAGAUGGGGACUUGAAAGAAGUCUGGACGGAGGAUAGCGAGCUCAAGAGUCAGGACACCUCAGAUUUAACAGCAGUUGAAAGGGAAGACUCAUCAUUACUUACUCCGGCAGCCAAAAAAAUGAAAAUAGAUACCAAAGAAAAGAAAGAGAAGAAGCAGAAAGUUGAUGAAGAUGAAAUUCAGAAGAUGCAAAUCCUGGUUUCUUCUUUUUCUGAGGAACAGCUGAACCGUUAUGAAAUGUAUCGCCGGUCAGCUUUCCCUAAGGCAGCCAUUAAAAGGUUGAUCCAAUCCAUCACUGGCACCUCUGUGUCUCAGAAUGUUGUUAUUGCCAUGUCUGGUAUUUCCAAGGUCUUCGUCGGGGAGGUGGUAGAAGAAGCACUGGAUGUGUGUGAGAAGUGGGGAGAAAUGCCACCACUACAACCCAAGCAUAUGAGGGAGGCUGUUCGGAGGCUAAAGUCAAAGGGGCAGAUCCCUAACUCAAAGCACAAAAAAAUCAUCUUCUUCUAGGCCAGGGACUAGAAAGGACUAUUACUGAAGGAAGAAGUACUGGUUCCAGAUUUCCCAUCACAUGAGACUUUCUGCACUGGUGCUUCAGUAUCUCAGUCCACCAAGAAUGAUUUUAAUAUCUUCCUCAAAACUCUGAUAUUCAUCACACCUAGAGGAAGGUAUGCAGCCUGUUUCAUACUUGCCUUGACUAAAUACUGGGACCUCUCAGGGCAUUGUGAGACAUUUAACUGUUUCUUGGCUAGUUUGAAGAAUGCAUGAGCCUUGCACAUUCUCUGGACAGGGAGCUGCUUUCAGAGAGAGUAAACCCUUCCAAGAGAUUUUUCAUGGUUUCACAUUGAAGCCUGAAGUUGCUAAGAUUUAGAUUGUUCCUUAUGCCUGGUUUUAAGUAGAUUAAACAACCAGAAACUUUUGACUCAUGAAUGAUAUUCUACCAUGAACUGCACAGUAGUGGAAUAGUUUGUCUUUGUGAACAUUUGAGAUUCUCCUAUGGAUUUUGGUGAGUGAUCAUUAAACUGUUUUCCAACUUGC